AUGCUGAGCAGGUUGAUGAGCGGCAGCAGCAGGAGCCUGGAGCGCGAGUACAGCUGCACCGUGCGGCUGCUGGACGACAGCGAGUACACCUGCACCAUCCAGAGAGAUGCCAAAGGCCAAUACCUGUUUGACCUUCUUUGCCACCACCUGAAUCUGCUUGAGAAAGACUAUUUUGGGAUUCGCUUUGUGGACCCUGAUAAGCAGCGGCAUUGGUUGGAGUUUACAAAGUCUGUGGUGAAGCAGUUGAGAUCCCAGCCUCCAUUCACCAUGUGUUUCCGCGUGAAGUUUUACCCUGCAGACCCUGCUGCCCUGAAAGAAGAAAUAACCAGGUAUUUAGUCUUCCUGCAGAUCAAAAGGGAUCUGUACCACGGCCGCCUCCUCUGUAAAACAUCAGAUGCUGCCUUGUUAGCAGCUUAUAUCCUUCAAGCGGAGAUUGGGGAUUAUGACCCAGGAAAACACCCUGAAGGCUACAGCUCCAAGUUCCAGUUUUUCCCUAAACAUUCAGAGAAGCUGGAAAGGAAGAUUGCUGAGAUUCACAAAACAGAACUCAGUGGCCAAACACCAGCAACAUCGGAGCUGAACUUUUUAAGAAAAGCGCAGACAUUGGAGACAUACGGAGUGGACCCUCACCCGUGUAAGGACGUGUCAGGAAAUGCUGCAUUUCUGGCCUUCACUCCUUUUGGGUUUGUUGUUCUGCAAGGAAACAAGAGGGUCCACUUCAUUAAAUGGAAUGAGGUGACCAAGCUGAAAUUUGAAGGAAAGACUUUUUAUUUGUACGUAAGUCAGAAAGAGGAAAAGAAAAUUAUUCUCACAUAUUUUGCUCCAACUCCAGAAGCCUGCAAGCACCUCUGGAAAUGUGGGAUAGAGAACCAAGCCUUCUACAAGCUGGAGAAAUCAAGCCAAGUCCGCACAGUGUCCAGCAGCAAUUUAUUCUUUAAAGGGAGCCGGUUCCGAUACAGUGGCCGAGUUGCAAAGGAAGUAAUGGAGUCCAGUGCCAAGAUCAAACGGGAGCCACCAGAAAUACACAGAGCAGGGAUGGUCCCUAGCCGCAGCUGUCCCUCCAUAACCCAUGGCCCAAGGCUGAGCAGUGUCCCCAGGACCCGGAGAAGAGCUGUUCACAUCUCCAUCAUGGAAGGCCUCGAGUCCCUACGGGACAGUGCCCACUCCACCCCGGUACGUUCCUCCUCCCACGGGGACACUUUCCUGCCUCACGUGAGAAGCAGCCGGGCAGACAGCAAUGAGCGAGUCGCCGUGAUCGCGGAUGAGGCCUACAGCCCUGCAGACAGCGUGCUGCCCACCCCUGUGGCCGAGCACAGCCUGGAGCUGAUGCUGCUUUCCCGGCAGAUCAAUGGGGCCACCUGCAGCAUUGAGGAGGAGAAGGAGUCUGAGGCCAGCACCCCAACUGCUGCAGAGAUGGAGGCCCUUGGGGGAGAGCUGAGGGCCCUGUGUCAGGGGCACGGCAGGCCAGAGGAGGAACAGGUGAAUAAGUUUGUUUUAAGUGUCCUCCGUUUGCUCCUUGUGACCAUGGGACUCCUCUUUGUUUUGCUCCUCCUCCUGAUCAUCCUUACUGAGUCCGACCUUGACAUUGCCUUUUUCCGCGAUAUCCGCCAGACCCCCGAGUUUGAACAAUUCCACUAUCAAUACUUUUGUCCCCUCAGGCGAUGGUUUGCCUGCAAAAUCCGCUCAGUGGUGAGCCUGCUCACUGACACCUGA